GAAUUCGUCGGACCGUUCGUUAGCAGCUUCGUCGGAGCUUGUCGCACUGCAGUAUCAAAGUUGAUCACAGAAACGAAAGGCUGAAAAAAGUGAAUUGUGAAUUGUGAUUAAAGUAGCACAAUGGGUAGUUUCCUAUCCAAAGACAAGCAAGCGAAUAGCGAGCGCAAGAAAUCUAACUCACUCGAACAGACAGUAACGUCAAACGGCCGUACCACGAGAAUUUCCUCCGUGACAAUGACGCGAGAAGUCCAAAUAUCGCAAUCGAUGACCAGUACAAGAACUUCCGUAAAUUCUGUAACGUCGCAAUCUUUUCGAUCUGCUGGAACGAUAGCACCAGGCGCAGCAGUGAUUAGGUCUUCGAGAGGACCCAGAUCGAUUAACAACCAACCAUCGGCCGACGCUUCCAAGGUGUCAAUCCCCACGAAAACACGCAUACUAUACAGCGAGCCUCGAAAACUGCAAAUUUCGAGCACACCUGUCGCUUUUAGCCCCCAGAUAGAGGACAUCGAGUACGACUUGAGUCAAAAAGCGUACGUGCUCGUAUUUCAUCAUUAUAAAUUCGCCGACAUAAAGUUAAACCGCGAGGGCAGUGCUAAAGAUAUGCAGAAAAUUCGAGAAAUACUCAGUAACUAUCGGUGCAGUACGCUCGACAUCAAUGAAAACUUAACCGUACUCAACGUACGAAAAAAAAUGAGAGAAAUUCAAGCAAAACAAUUUUCCAAAAACAGUUGCCUGAUUGUAUUCAUCAUGAGUCACGGACAAAUCAACGACUACAUUGUGGGGUAUGAUGGCGGUACGUACCAUUUACACGACGAUAUUGUGGAACAGUGCACAGCCAACCAAACGCUGCAGGGCAAACCUAAAAUAUUUGCCGUGCAAGCCUGCCGAGGUACAGCUGUAAUGGAAACGGAUGCAAGGAAACCCACCGUCAGCGAUAAGAGCGACAUCGUUGUCUUUCAAAGCUCGUAUCAUGGCACUGUAUCGUACCGAAGCCCAACUACCGGAAGCUCCUUCAUGCAAGCCUUUCUGCGCCUGCUGCAUGAAAACAAUCACCAGUGCAUCAGCAAAGUUGGCAAACUACUCAACAGCGAGUUUAAGGAUAGAAGCGUUGGGCAGGCACCACCAUUGACCAUUACGUUACGGAAGGAGUUGAUAUUUGGAAGACUUCUCAAAAGCUCAUAAACUCGAUCAGUGCAAUCAGUGCACAACAUGCUUACACGAAAUUAGGUGAGUAUCGUUUGUGUGAGAGAGAGAGAGAGAUAGAUAGAUAGAGAUAGUUCCUUUCAGUUCAUUGACCAAGCGUCUGCAUAUUGAUAACAACCAACUACCAAGCGUAUCCAUCUUAUUAUAGGGGAAUGAAUGAUAACGAUAACGAAGAUUUGAGUGCGAUUAGACAACGAAAAGCAGUAUAGUAAUCGGGGUACCAUAUUACAAAAACUCAGGGACUACAAACUACUUAUUUUACAAUGGAACGAAUGUAGCGUAACACAAAAUAUCGCCGUGUGAGUGAAGAGUGGGCAUCAUGCACACAAAAAAAAACCUGAGAAGACAAAAAAGGGUUCAUGUUUCAUACUUUAUAGCAGAGGAUAUAUACUAAAAACAAAGAUAUUAAUUUUAUUCCUCUUCUACUUCCUUGGCACUACAAUCUCGAGAGGUGUUGGCCUGCCAUGUUUGGCUUACUGUGACUUGAUUUUACCCGAAGCAAAGUAGUCAGCUAGCAAUACGGCCAGGCCGUUCUUUAUGAAUAAUAAAAAAGUAGUAAGCCCUGCGUAUGGGGAGGCGGUCUGGAUAGGAUUUGAACCCCAGUCCUGCCAUGCGAGGGCUGGUGCCGUUAUCGCCUCGGCGUUAUUUUAUUAGAGUUUUCAAUUUGAUAAUUUGUGUUACUUUAAUGCCAAACAUACAUAACAUGUACUGUUUUUCUUUAUUCUGAUGGUGAUAAGCCACUUUGAAUUAUUUACUAGAGUUUUCAUGAGAUUUUCUACCAAGAUUUUACAAAACAACAAACUAGGCCGCUUUGUUGAAUAUCAGCACUAUAACUUCACUUUGAAACCUUUACAAAAUUAUCAGCAUUUCAGAAAAAAAAAAAACUACGGUAAAAUACAGAACUAGACGUAAGAUUAAUGUGACUACGAGAUCGUUUUUUUGUCUGUUUUUUUUUUUUUAAGUUAGAUAGUCUGAUAUUUAUCAUUAUUUACAAUUCUUUACAUUAAGACUGAUAAUAAAAGAACGAAAAAAAUAAGUGAA